GGCGCGGUCUACGCAGGGUGGCCCGGCGCCCGGAGGGACGCAGCCCGGUACACAUGGCGUUCGCGCUGCUGCGCCCCGUGGGCGCUCACGUGCUGUACCCCGACGUGCGGCUGCUGAGCGAGGACGAGGAGAACCGCAGCGAGAGCGACGCUUCAGACCAGUCGUUCGGCUGUUGCGAAGGCCUGGAGGCGACGCGGCGCGGGCCGGGGCCUGGGGGCGGGCGGCGAGCGGGCGGCGGCGCAGGUCCCGUGGUGGUGGUGCGGCAGCGGCAAGCGGCCAACGCGCGGGAGCGGGACCGCACGCAGAGCGUGAACACGGCCUUCACCGCGCUGCGCACGCUCAUCCCCACCGAGCCGGUGGACCGCAAGCUCUCCAAGAUCGAGACGCUGCGCCUGGCGUCCAGCUACAUCGCGCACCUGGCCAACGUGCUGCUCCUGGGCGACGCGGCCGACGACGGGCAGCCGUGCUUCCGCGCGGCGGGCAGCGCCAAGAGCGCCGUCCCCGCCGACGGCCGCCAGCCGCGCUCCAUCUGCACCUUCUGCCUCAGCAACCAGCGCAAGGGGGGUGGCCGUCGUGAGCUGGGGGGCAGCUGCUUGAAAGUCAGGGGAGUGGCCCCCCUUCGAGGGCCACGGAGAUGAGCCUGGGCCCCUACGGCAUUUGCUUCAAGCAGGACCCCAGAGAAAGAGGCCAGGAGCUGGACAGGGGAGAAGACCUCAGAAGCCAAGCCAUCCCUUCUUUGCCUAGGGACCAGGGACAAUGGCCUGGGACCAGGACCAUGUGGGCAGAGUCCCUGGGAGGUCUCCACCCCACCCUGGAGAGCCUUGAGGACCCAUUGAGUCCACCAUGGCCAGGCUGAGGCAAGAAAGAACUUCUGGAAAACCAAAAACUGUUGGUGACAGGUGUGUGUGUGUGUGUACGCGUGCGCGUGUGUGUAUGUGUGUACAUGAGAUGUAUA